GCGUAUCACGUUUCUGAAGGGAGUUGCUGUUUGCGCCACCAAUUGUUUACAAUCAUAACAACUAUGUUCGUGGACAGAAAUCUACCGCUUAAAAUCAGUAAAUACUAAUCUAUUAGUUAUGGCUUUGCUAGAACCAUCCUGCUGUAGGUUGUGCCUUAAUCAUCCACCAUCAGAAUCGCUUGUUUUUUCUGUCUUCGAUACCUUCCAGGGGAAAGUUUUGUCGCAGCUGAUCGAUGAGUUGUUUGCCAUUAAGGUUUUAGAAGAUGAUCGACUUCUAUCGCUUUGUCUUGAAUGCGUAAAUCGUAUAAAUACGGUACACAAGAUCAAGCAGCUAUUCAUCGAAAAUGAUCGCAAAUUUCGCGAACUGCAGCAAACCAGUCAGCCUACAACCGGUGCCUUUGUGGAAGAGCUUAUAUAUACUGCAUUUUCAUCCGACACUUUGGACAAUACGCACAUCGAAGGUGAAGGUUCUGCUCUUAGCCACGUGAUUGAAAUAGAGCAAAGUAAUCAACCAACCGAUGAAGAAACCAACGAUGCCACAACAGACCUGCAUUGUGAUACAGAUGUGAAGGAUGAAGCGGAAAAGCUGGAAUUGCAACAAGCCGAUGAAAGUAAAUACACCGACAGUAAAAUGCAAUCCUUUGCUCUAUCACCUAUCCAGUUGCCACGAAACAAAUGCUACUUUUGUGGAGUCACGUUCGACAGUUCGCUUAAGUUUACCCACCACCUACCGAGCCACUUUAACGAUGUACCCUACACCUGCACGGAAUGUGAUGGACUGGUGUUUAAAACGGUACGGGAAGCGAGCAAGCACAUCUCGUACCAUGAUGCAAACGAACGACCCUUCCAGUGCCGCAUCUGUACGCUACGGUUUCCCACGCGCAUGAACAGCUUAACGCACGAGCGGAAAAUGCAUCGCUUCAAGCUGAAACGAAUGGAAGCAAAACCAGUGAAUGGUUCCAGCAAACGAAAAACGGCCGACAAACGAAACAAACCGAGCAGCCACAAAGCGUCGCGUAAAGCUUCAGAAAAGCGCGCCGAACAUGGGUGCGAAAUAUGCGGGCGAAAGUUUACAGCGAAGAAAAAUCUUACCCGCCAUCUGAUGAUUCACACCGGUGAAAAACCGUUCAAGUGUGAUCGCUGCGAUCGAUCGUACCGCCAGGCAGGGGAGCUUAAAAAGCACCAACAAACACACGGAACGAAGCAAUCCAACGGUAAAGUUCAGCAAACGUACAGCAAGGCAACGGUGGUGAAAUCCCGUCCCGUGAAAACGGAAUCUACCGAGUGUACGAAUAAAAGAAGCACCGUGAAACGUUUGCUUUCAUGCUAAAACGUAUUCUCAUUAGAUUUAUUAUCACCCUAAUCAUGCAUUUGGCAUAUCGUUCUACGCAGACAUUGCUGGAGGACUACUACUGGAGGUAAAAUGACACGCGCACAUACAGGUUAGUACAUCUGGUAACAGGUAACGGAUAACGUAUCGUAAAGAGGCAACAUAAAAAAACAAGCAUCCCUUUAACGGUCCUCGCGAUUUGGCAUUAUUUGCUAGAAGAUCAUUCUUGUCCUUGUUUUCCCG